GUUUAUUCACCGGAGUUGUGUAGCUUGGUUGGCGCCGUGGUUGCUUGUCUUUCCGUCGUUGCGAAGAUGGACGGGACUGUUGUUGCAUCGUAUGAGUGUCUGACCUCCCCAUUCCUCGGUAUUGAUGACUGUCGAUCUUUCAAUAAAGCGUCUGAGUGCAAUGUAUCACAUAUCAGUACAACUCCUGAAUCCGGACUAUUCAUACCCGAAGACACAAUUUCUAAUGGAACCACUGACUCGUUCUACCCGAAAAUCGAUCAAAGUUUUGACGAAGAAGUAGAAAUCACAGAUAUGGAAGAAAUAAAAACCCCACGUAUUGCUUCGCCGACAUUGAACGAACUAAGAAAACGUUUAGCUAAUGUCUCCCUCAAUGCUAAAGUGACUCUGAAUUCUCAUAUAUCUGAAUGUAGCAAAAUAAACAAUCAGUUUAAUCAAAAGCUGUUAUCAGAAGUUGCCUCAAAAUCGUGCCUUUACUCUUUGGAUAGGUUGUAUGACGAAUAUAUCCCGGGAAGAUCGCGGAUUUGUCCCCUGAAAGGUAAACUUGGACUUCCUAGCGACGUUAAGUUUGGAGAUCAAAAAUCCAGGAUAAAUUUACGUUCCAUAUCUUCUAAAAAUACACUGCGUCUCCUAGAACGCAUUCCUGUGUGUUCUCUUCCGAGCCCAUUACUUCGUCAAACCUACUCAUCAUCGGGGAGUUUGAUCUCAAACUUGACAGAUUUAUCGUUUAGCAGCGACGCUAUUUUAUCUAUACCUUUGGCUGCUGGUUUACAUGUUUCUGAAGCAGCGUCUAGCGCUAUACUCUCCUCCAAAGGUGGGUCAGCUCUCAAUCAGAUGGCAAAAUCAUCAAUGAGAUCGAGUGAGUCUCCCCAGUCCACUGAUAAGACCUCAUGUGAACCGGUUUCAAACGGUUUAUCUGGUGAGAAGGAGGUUUCAAAGUCCUUUUACAAUCCAAAUCACGGUCUAAGUGAAAGUCAGAACUCUGAUUCAAACAUUUUGAUACCAAAUAGUCAAGUUUGUCCUGGUGAACAAUGUUUCUCACCUCAUACGCAGUCGUAUAUUUCAGGUUGUCUCAGAGAAAAACAUCAUACUCGAAGCAAACGAUCAGAGAACAGAAAGUCCCUUGCUUCUAAAAAGGAUGAUCUAUCAUGUAUCGAAGUUAAAACUCCCAUGAAUGACACUAAUAUGGUAAAUGAAAAUGUAAAACCUCAGUGCAGUGAUUUGGUUGAGUUUGACCCAUUUAAUGAGCCCAUAUCAAAAAUUGAAUGUCGUUCAUCUUCAAACACUCUUGAAAAAGUAUCAGACAAAAGGGCAUUACUCAGUGAUUGUGAUGACGAUAAAGUGGCCACAUCAUUAACAACAAAUAUAAACACUCAUCCAGAUUCAUGUGAUAUUUUGCUUCCUUCCAGUUCAUUUCCAACUAGCUAUAUAAAUGAAGAACCCUUAAUUGUUGAAGAGGAUUUCACUCCAGUGACCAACAAAAGGUUAAGACGCAAGCAACAACAAAAUUCAAAGUUGGUUCAAAAUAAAACUUGUAACUCUGAACAGUCAUCUUGUGAUCUUGGUCAUAAAACACAUAGUUAUCUAUCUACACAACUGGUCAAUAAUGUAAGUACUUUUCAGCAACACCAUGUUACACAUCGAUUCAGUUCAAAUUUAUCCAGACGUUCUGUGCAGCGUAGUGGAAUGUAUUCGAAUGUACAUGAAAAGUCUCAGUCUUCCUCUGCUCGCUCAGCAACUGUUUUACCUCACCCUCAAGAUGCCUCAUCUAGAAAGUCCAGAAAUGCAGAUAAUGUUUCUUCAUCUGUGUCAAGUACUUUACACAAUCCUAAACAAACAUCUAAUUCGUAUUCUCAUUCUGUAAAUCGUGAUCUAACUUCUCAGAAGUCUGUAUAUAGCAAUCCAUACCUAAAUUCCUCUCUUCGAUAUUCUAAAGUGAUAAAAAAGCCGUUUUCCAACAGUGCUCCUAUUACUCCGUCUUCAAACGUUCAAGGAACUCAACCUGCAGUUAGUCCCGUCCAGUAUCAAAUGCUUAAGCAAUUCAUGAUAUCUGCAUGGAAAUCGUUUGCAAAAUCUUGAACAAUUAUACAGUUAUAGCUUAAUUUCCUAGCUUUGUUUUAGUGCAUGUGAUAGGUCUAUUUCUCUGGACACGCCUCGAAGUGUAAGCUCAUUAACUUUUCGUAGGAAAAGUGCCUACACUCAUCAUUUCGUAGAAUUUUGUUGUAGGUAGGAAAUUAGUCUUAGUUGCUUAUUUUUUUACGAAGUAUUUCUAGUUUCCAUCUCUCAGGUCUUACAUGUGGUGAAUAUAUCCUUCACUCCAAGUACAAAUUAAUAUAGUUUGUAAUACUGUGCCGAUAACAUUCUCUUCUUGGACUUCCAAGUUAUCACGGGAGUGAUUUUCAAAGUUGGUGAUACCAAAAAUCAAAAGUGUCAGUUCAGUGUUUCUUGUUGAUUACCUGAUUACUUUAAAUAUAGUUUCUGAUGAUAUAAUUUCUGUAGUUUUGUGAUCACUCUCUUCCAGUUUACUUUUGACCAUUUUCAUGUCAGCAAUACUGUCUUUCUUUUGUCAACUUUUGCAUUUGUUUAUUCCAGCUCAUUAUGUGUUGCAGAUAGCUAACAUAUUCAACCGGGAUGUCUUUUCUUACGUAUGUGUAAUUCAUUUGAUCUAUUAAACUAGUUAUUUUUUUGUAGUAUACCCGGUAUUCACCUAUGUAUUUUACUGUUCACUUUACCUCUUAUUAUUUUUCUAUAGUAUUAUAUUUCAUUUUUACAAUAGUUCAUAUUAGAUUAGUAUCCAGUUACAUACUCCCAAUGAAAGCAUUUGUACCAAUCUUUUUCUUGUUGACGAAAUCACUUUUUUUAGGUAUUAGAGUAUUAUUUGAAAUAUCACUGUGUUGUCUUAUUUCUUUGUGGAUAUAUGUGGAUUGUAUAUAGUUAGGAUAUCUUAAAUUAUUCUCAAACUCUGGUAUUU